AUGUCAUCCGUAGCGCCACGGGCUCCGCCAUCCACCACGAUUCAAAACCGGCCAUCACCAUCGCAGCGACCCCAAGAUGAAGCGGGACCAAGGCCGACGAUCAUCGGGCCUGAUAAAGGCCCCGAGCCCCCAUUCCCGGUCAAGCUUUAUGGCAAAGUAGAGCAUGGAUUCAAACGCGGCUCACGAGAGUUGGGAUGUCCGACUGCAAACCUGCCCGCAUCACUCACAAACAAUCCAGCACUCCAGCGGAACGGCGUUUACUUUGGUUGGGCAUCCGUUUGGAUCACCUCGCCCAAUCCGUUGCCACCUGUCAUCAAACCGAUGGUCAUGAGUGUUGGCUAUAAUCCAGUUUAUGGGAACAAGUCUCGGACGAUCGAGGUUCAUGUGAUCCACACAUUCGACCAAGACUUCUAUGACGAAAUCGUCAAAGUAAUCGUGACCGGUUUCAUCCGUCCGGAAUAUAACUACACGUCGAAAGAGGCACUGAUUCAAGAUAUUGAGAUCGACAAAACGGCGGCUCUUGAAAGCCUCAAACGACCCGGAUAUCAAACGUUUUCUGAGGAUGAUUUCUUACUGAACAUCUAG